UUGUUUAUAAAUUUUAGAGAUAAUUUUAUAAAAUUUAAAAGCGUUUAUGGUAGAAAGCAAAGGCUGUUACAAUUUAGUAAUGGCAUUCAGCUUAAGCGAAAGAUUUCCACCGCAAAACAAUACGUACAACCUUUUAGGUCCUGGAGCGUACCAAUAUACUGGUCCCCCUUUAUUACGUCUAAAUAAAGUACCCUUUCUUUCAAAAGAUGCGCGUUGUUCUAGUAUUGAAGCUAAAAUAUGGACACACGCUCUUCACAAUGCGGACAAACCUUCAAGAAGUUCAAACUGCACUAGUUUGAGGUCCAAAGUUCCUCGUUUCCCUUACGAAGCAUUAAGUAACGUGGAUAUAGAAGCGGUUCUUUGUCAAUGUGGUACUGACAAUCCAUGUGAAUGUUUUAUUGAAGAAGCUCAAGAGGAAACAAUAUGUCAGGGCAAAGUUCAUAGAAAAUUGUUUAAGGGUCUUACAGCUAAAACAACUUUAGUUGAAGGACUUUCUGCUCCUUCAAAAAAGGAUAAUGGUUUUAAAGUUUCACCUAAUGGAACUAAAAUCCGUAUAUUUAAUAAUGUGACGGAACAAUCACCUCCUUUUUAUGACACAAGGGUUGUUGAAUCUACUAGCUAUUACCAGGGAUGUAAAUGGAGUAAAUGGACAUCAAAGAGAGACCAAGAACUGCUAGAAGACAGGCCCGGGCCAGCUUCUUACACUUUUAAAAAUCAACCGACUAUUGAAGCUUUCUGUGCUGAAAAAGUAAGAGCUUCAAGGCGGAAAACUUAUAAACAGUAUCGGUUUAUUGAAAUAGUGCAGCGGCGUAAUGUUUUAGAGGGAACACCUGGACCUGCAGAUUAUACGCCAAAUAUACCUAAAGGAACUAAAUUGAAAUUGCUGGGUCCGAAAGCAGAAAGAUUCACUACCGGCAAAUAUGAUGUAAUACCUGGUCCUGCUGAAUACAGUAUAAAACGAGACUUCGAUAUAGCUGAACCUCCCCAAAUAUUCAGUAAUGCGAAGAUUGCAACCCCGGCAUUUUUUGGAAUUAAAGCAGAAAGGUUUAAACCUCGCCAUGAAGAAGGUCCGAGCCCUGCUAGUUAUGACCCAAGUAGUAGACUGAGACAAUCGAAUCGUUGUAUCAAGACUCCAUUUGGAUCAACUUCUAAAAGAUUUAAAGAAAUCCCUAAUAAUGGUGUAACUAAUUUUGAACUAAUAUCAGGGGAAAGGACACGAAAAGAUAGUUCUGAUAAAUAUAUCACGAUGGAGCUACCCACAUGGGGAUUUAGAUCAAAAACGAUCAGAUGGAAACCUCUUUUGAAAAAAUUUCACGAACCUAGUCAAGCAGACUUGGCGCAAGCAAAAAUUGAAAUUAGGAGGUCACAUCAAUUACAAUAUAAUUGUCCGUUUUUCUCUUCAGACGGGCGGUUUCAACCUUGGUUUAAUUGGAUUCCUGUACAUGGAAAGAACAAAACUCCAGGACCAGCAUAUUAUUGUUUAGAUAAACCAAAAUGUCUCCCAGCAGUAAAUUGCGGUCCAAUGUAUCGUACUACACGAUUUGCAGACAGAGCUUUACAAACGCCCGCUCCAAAUGCGUACAGAGUUGAUGGCGGAAUAGAAAACAUACUAGCCACUCAUAACGACAAGCUUAAAAAUAAUUUAGCUAACAAACAUGAGUAUCAUUGGUCACCACCUUUAGAGUAUAAAAAAUUAAGCGUAGACACGCAAGAAGCUAUAUUGUUAAAAAAAUCCAUCGCACUAUUAGAAGUACCUGACAAUUUUGAAUACAAGGAGUCUUCUAUUACGAAGUCAGUUGCACCCACAAUCACCAGCCAUGAAACUAAAUUGUUGCGAUGCUUUUUAAAGUCACAACAAAUAGCCCGAUACUAAUA